AUGGCGUCGCCGUCUCCUCUGUUUCUCCUCCAAAUCCUUCUCUUCGCAAUCCUCCCCUCUCCAAUUUCCCCCUCCUCCAUCAACGACACCCCGUCGACCUACAUCGUCAGCGUCCACCCCGACGCCGUCAAACCCUCCAUCUUCCCCACGCAUUCCCACUGGUACCAAUCCUCCCUCUCCUCUUUACUCUCCCCUUCCCCUCCGCUCCUAAUCCACACCUACACCGGCGCCGCCUUCCACGGCUUCUCCGUCAAGCUCUCCCCGACCCAGGCCCUCCUCCUCCGCGCCCAGCCCCACGUCCUCUCCCUCCUCCCCGACCGCCUCCGCCGCCUCCACACCACCCGCUCCCCACACUUCCUCGGCCUCGGCACCUCCACCGACUCCGCCGGCCUCCUCAAGGACUCCGACUUCGGCUCCGACCUCGUCGUCGCCGUCCUCGACACCGGGAUCUCCCCGGACCGACAGAGCUUCCACGACCGCGACCUCCCUCCGGUCCCCACCAAAUGGAAGGGCUCCUGCGUCAACACCCCCGAUUUCCCUUCCUCCUCCUGCAAUCGGAAGCUCGUCGGCGCCAAAUUCUUCUGCGCGGGUUACGAGGCCACCAACGAGUUCCGCUCCCCUCGCGAUUCCGACGGUCACGGCACGCAUACGGCCUCGAUUGCCGCCGGCCGUUACGUUUACCCUGCCUCGACUCUCGGCUACGCCAGGGGGCUCGCCGCCGGGAUGGCUCCCAAAGCUAGGCUCGCCGUGUAUAAAGUAUGCUGGACCGCUGGGUGCUAUGAUUCCGACAUCCUCGCCGCGUUCGACGCGGCGGUUGCGGACGGCGUCGACGUGAUUUCGCUCAGCGUCGGCGGGGUUGUUGUUCCGUACUACCUCGACGCCAUUGCAAUUGGCGCAUUCGGGGCCAUGGACCGCGGGAUUUUCGUGUCGGCUUCGGCUGGGAACGGCGGGCCAGGUGCUCUCACUGUAACAAACGUUGCUCCCUGGGUUACCACCGUCGGUGCCGGAACCCUAGAUCGAGAUUUUCCCGCCGAUGUGAAAUUGGGGAACGGGAAGGUGAUACCAGGAAUGAGCGUUUACUCAGGGCCGGGGCUUGCUCCGGGGAAGACUUACCCCUUGGUUUACGCUGGAACUCAAGCUGGAGAUGGCUACUCGAGCUCGUUGUGCUUGGAAGGCUCGCUGGAUCCCAAAUUCGUCGCUGGGAAAAUCGUAAUGUGCGACCGAGGAAUCAAUUCCAGAGCUGCCAAAGGCGAGGUGGUGAAGAAAGCUGGAGGGAUUGGGAUGAUUUUAGCUAAUGGAGUGUUCGACGGGGAAGGAUUGGUCGCCGAUUGCCACGUUCUCCCCGCCACAGCCGUCGGUGCAACCAGCGGCGAAGAAAUCAGGAGGUACAUCUCUUCCGCUAAACCCAAUUCCCCGCCGCCGACUGCCACCAUUGUGUUUAAAGGAACUCGGCUGGGUGUCAAACCAGCACCCGUCGUAGCUUCCUUCUCAGCCAGAGGCCCAAACCCUGAAUCACCUGAAAUCCUAAAACCCGAUCUUGUAGCUCCUGGGUUAAACAUCCUCGCCGCUUGGCCGGACAAAGUUUCCCCUUCAGGGAUCCCAUCGGACCACCGCACAACCGAGUUCAACAUUCUCUCUGGAACAUCCAUGGCUUGCCCUCACGUCUCUGGGUUAGCAGCAUUGCUGAAAGCAGCUCACCCUGAGUGGAGCCCUGCAGCAAUCAAAUCAGCUUUCAUGACCACAGCCUACACUGUUGACAACCGAGGCAAAACAAUGCUGGACGAAUCGACGGGGAACUCAUCGACUGUCAUGGAUUUCGGGUCAGGUCACGUCCACCCUCAAAAAGCCAUGGACCCGGGGCUGGUAUACGACCUGACAACGUUCGACUACGUCGAUUUCCUCUGCAACUCCAACUACACGGAGCAGAACAUCAAGGUGGUGACGAGGAAGAACGCGGAUUGCAGUGGAGCGAGGAGGGCUGGACAUUCGGGGAACCUGAACUACCCGUCGUACGGGAUCAAGCAGAAGAUGUCGACCCAUUUCAUCAGGACGGUGACCAACGUUGGGGAUGGCGAGUCGGUUUACAGUGCUAGGGUGGUGGCUCCUGCUGGGAUGGUGGCAACGGUGAAGCCGGAGAAGCUGGUGUUCAGGAGGGCCGGGCAGAAGCUGAACUUCCUGGUGAGGGUGCAGACGAGGGUGGCGAAGCUGGCGCCGGGUGGAUCUGUGAUGAAGAGUGGGUUCAUAGUGUGGAGUGAUGGGAAGCACAAUGUGACCAGCCCCAUUGUGGUCACAUUGCAGCAGCCUCUGUAG